AUUCCGUAUGCGUCAUAGGAACACCUCUGGACUAUACAUGUGGUCGUUUGGUGGUAACCUGUUUACAAACAGCUAAAACUUCAAUAUAGUCGACUUAGUGAAAGUUAUGGUGUCUUAGCUAGAGCAACAUGGGCCAGGGAAAAAGUUUUCCUGACCCAGAGAAGACGGUGGGACUUAUGCAUGGAAAGCUUAAAUUACAUUUGGGGGUCAUCACAAAGAUCGCCAAGCUGUCGUAUGAAGACCUCAUACAAUCUGUAAAGGAUAUCAAUGAACUAACUACAACAUUCACUGACCACAAGGGGAAGCAACUCCUCUUCUCAGUUGAGGCAGGUACAGAUACAACCAUCUUCUGGAAACAUACAAUACGCAUCUGUUGUCAGAAGGUGAACACAAGACGUAACGUUAUCGAGUCUUCCCGAAUCCUCAAGCUACGUCAGUAUAUAGAAGUGUACAGCGAGAUCACUGACCAAGUGUCCAGCCUCUCUCUCGCAUCUGACCACACCGCCAUGCCAACACCCCUGGCAGCCACAGCUGAUAUUUCAGCCUCCAUUAUAUUCGAUGAGGCAGCAAGGAAAGGCGAUGCUGAGGAAAUGGAGUGUUGUAUUUGUAUGGAGAAUAAGUCAGAGAUCAUCCUCGGGUGUAGCCAUAAGUUUUGUGAGAGCUGUAUAGAUCAGUGGAAUGUCACAAGUCGCACCUGUCCUAUCUGCCGUGCAAAGGUACGAAGUACGGAUGACACCUGGGUCCUCACGGAGAAGCCAUCUACUAAUGAGUUCCAGUCGGAGGUCAAGGAGUAUCUAGUGGGAAUAGUUGACAAUAAGGGACAACCUGAUGAAUCCAAAUAGUGCUUUCACCGAGGCCGCAAUAGUGAUUUGUGUUGGAGUCAAAGUUGUGCUAUGUGUUGGAGUCAUCAGUGUAAUUAUUAUUACUAGUGCUAUGUGGGUCACAUCAGUGCAAGUAUUUGGGUAAAAUUAGAGCACAUGUUGGGUUUGCACCAUUGCACAUUAAUUAGUUAGUAUAUUGUGUAAUGGCCCAGCAACAGUGAAGUCAUAUUGGACCAAACAACAAUAACACAGGGUCACUAAACAAUUUAAGAAAUUUUUCAAAUGAUAAAAGGAUAAAAAGGUUCAUACCUAUUACGGUAUAGAUCAAUUUCAUGUUAACAAUCAAAAGUCUUUUAGAGAUUGACAGUACAAUAUUUUCAUAUCGGGCACAUCAUAACGAUUGUCUCAAACCUUUCUAAAUAUCUGCACAUUUGAUAAGUAUAAGAGUUUAAUUUGUAUGUUUGUAAAGAAAACAGAGAGACAGCUUUUCCUCUCGCCAAAGUAAGCAAGUAUCAAUGUGUAAAAUACAAGUGAAGUUGUGAUAAAGAAUUAUCUACCAGGUAUGUGUUAAAGUGGGGUUAUUUGGUGAAUGUUUUGUUAUGUUUAUGUGCAGGGAUAUAUUGCAUCAUUUAUUAACAUCAGACUUUGAAAAUCUAGUCUUAUUUUGUCUUUUUACUCAAGAUGAAUUGACAAAACAGUUCAUUAGAUGUCACGGGGAGGUAAUCAAUGAUAAUCAGGAACCAAUAUCAAUGGUACUACGAUACAGAAGUACUUAUUGACUAGGUGUGCCAUAGGUGUGUUUCCCUCUAUUUGAAAGAGGUAAGGUAACUGUUGUUAUGUAAUAUAAUAUGUUAUAUGACUUGGAAAAUAAACUGUAAAAGAAUUGGAAUAGUAUCUAAGAUAAUCUGUCAGAUGAUUUGGAAUAUUACCUGUAAGGUCUAAGAUAAUCUGUAAGAUGAUUUGGAAUACUACCUGUGAGAUUAAAGAUAAUCUGUUCGAUGAUUUUGAAUAUUAUCUGUGAGAUCUAAGAUAAUCUGUAAUAUGAUUUUGAAUAUUAUUUGCAAUAUCUAAUUGGAAUAUUAUCUGAGAUCUAAGAUAAUCUGUAAGAUGAUUUGGAAUAUUAUUUGUAAGAUCUAAGAUGAUCUGUUAGAUAAUUUUGAAUAUUAUCUGUAAGAUCUAAGAUAUUCUGUAUGAUGAUUUGGAAUAUUUUCUGUAAGAUCUAAGAUAAUAUGUCAUAUUAUUUGGAAUAUUAUUUGCAAUAUCUAAUUGGAAUAUUAUCUGAGAUCUAAGAUAAUCUGUAAGAUGAUUUGGAAUAUUAUUUGUAAGAUCUAAGAUGAUCUGUUAGAUAAUUUUGAAUAUUAUCUGAAAGAUCUAAGAUAAUCUGUAUGAUGAUUUGGAAUAUUUCUCUGUAAGAUCUAAGAUAAUAUGUCAUAUUAUUUGGAAUAUUUUCUGUAAGAUCUAAGAUAAUCUGUUAGAUGAUUUUGAAUAUUCUAUCUGUGAGAUCUAAGAUAAUAUGUAAUAUGAUUUGGAAUAUUAUUUGUAAGAUCUAAGAUGAUUUGGAAUAUUAUCUGUAAGAUCUAAGAUAAUUUGUAAGAUGAUUUGGAAUAUUAUUUGUAAUAUCUAAGAUAAUCUAUAAGAUGAUUUGGAAUAUUUUCUGUAAGAUCUAAGAUAAUCUGUUAGAUGAUUUUGAAUAUCUGUGAGAUCUAAGAUAAUUUGUAAGAUGAUUUAGAAUAUAAUCUGUGAUAUCUAAGAUAAUAUGUAAUAUGAUUUGGAAUAUUAUUUGCAAUAUCUAAUUGGAAUAUUAUCCGAGAUCUAAGAUGAUCUGUAAGACGAUUUGGAAUAUUAUUUGUAAGAUCUAAGAUAAUCUGUAAGAUGAUUUGGAAUAUUAUUUGUAAUAUCUAAGAUAAUCUAUAAGAUGAUUUGGAAUAUUUUCUGUAAGAUCUAAGAUAAUCUGUAAGAUGAUUUGGAAUAUUAUCUGUAAGAUCUAAGAUAAUAUGUCAUAUUAUUUGAAUAUUAUUUGCAAUAUCUAAUUGAAAUGAUAUCUGAGAUCUAAGAUAAUCUGUUAGAUGAAUUGGAAUAUUAUCUGUAAGAUCUAAGAUAAUCUGUAAGACGAUUUGUAAUAUGAUUUGUAAUAUCUAAGAUAAUCUAUAAGAUGAUUUGAAAUAUUUUCUGUAAGAUCUAAGAUAAUCUGUCAGAUGAUUUUGAAUAUUAUCUGUGAGAUCUAAGAUAAUCUGUCAGAUGAUUUGGAAUACUACCUGUGAGAUCUAAGAUAAUCUAUAAGAUGCUAUGGAAUAUUUUCUGUACGAUCUAAGAUAAUCCGUUACAUGAUUUGGAAUAUUAUUUGCAAUAUCCAAUUGGAUUAUUAUCUGUGAGAUCUAAAUUAAUCUGUAAGACGAUUUGGAAUAUUAUUUGUAAUAUCUAAAAUAAUACUACAGUACUUGUCAAUGCUCAUUAGAGGGAUAUACAUUAUGUCUAAUGACUAAUUUUCAAGUUUUGGAAUUUCAAAUGGCUACUUUGGUCUCUGAUACAAUGAUUUAUUUUUACCCGUAAGUUGAGUUCUCUUCGGUAGAUUUAAAUAUCGGCGUACUGUCUUUUUCAUGCUUCAUUUGCGACUACUGGAAUAGUUUGGGGGACAACAGUCGCAAUCCUCAUAAAGUAAGAACUUAUUGUAUCUUGCCAACUGCUGAUACAAAUUUACAUGAAAUUCUCACUCUUUGUCAUCACCUGAUAUUCAUUGCAAUAUAUUUUUCAUUUUGACCAUUGUGGUGGAUUUUCAGACAGCCUUCAGCUUGCAUCGCUGGAUUACACUGUGUAAUCUACUGAUAUUAGUUUUGCUUAAAAUUGAAACGUAAUCUGCAUGAAAUCUGAAUAAGAAAUCUUCGUCUUGAGUUCAGAAAAAGAUCUAUUUGAUGGCACCAAUAACUUUUUCAUCGUGCAAUGGACAAACAAAUCUUGUUGAUACAAAGUUAUUGGGUCAGGUGACAGCUAUCCUUGUUUUAGACUUCGUGAUUUAGAAUGGCUAUUGAAUUUGUUUGGUUGUGUUUGCAGUAGGUUUGCUGUACAUGUAAAUUAGACUCAUCUGGGGCAUUACACUUAUACAAAACCCUUUAGUACCGGCAUUUCUUUGAGAUUUUACAGUAUUUUCCUUUUGAUUGUGACGUAUAUAAUAUAGUGUGAUUGUGCAUAACAAUGCCCAAUUAAAUGACACAAGAUUUUUUCUUGUUGCAGUAUGCUUCCCUAUCAUGUAAUUAUACCCUGCUAAAUAGUUUAUAAAGUUUUAUCCAAUAAUCAUGAUUUUUCAUCAGAAGUAUUAUAUUUACUGUUCAUACAAAUAUGGUAUUACAUGAAUUUCUAUUUCAUAUGAAAUUUUUGAAGGAAAUCCAGAAGUUAUUCAUUUUAGCAAGCUUGUGACAAGUUGAAAUGAGACCUUAUUCACAAUUACUAUGAAAAUAAUAUGAUUGACCUUUUACUAAUGUAUGCAUGUCAUAAAUUUAAAAAUUCCGUUUAUACGAUAAAACUUCACCUCACUAUUUAUAAAUAUAUAUUAUAUGAAUGUUUAUAAACGUUUCAUACCCACUUGGCCUUGUAUGGCCCCUGGAUGUUGGUAGGCCAUUAUGCUUUUAUCAAAUCCAAUUUAGAGUGUAAAAGUCUGUGAGAUUGGCUCAUUGUCUAUAGUCCCCACUAUGACAUCAUUCUAUAAUCAGGAGUCAUUUUAGUUCAUCCAUUAGGAAAUAUGACAUGGGUGUAGUUACUAAAUAAUACUGUAAUCAUGUGAUUAAGUAUUAUAUUAACUGCUCAUUAUUUUAUAUUUACUGUUUGCAAUAUUUACAGGAUAAACACAUAGCUGUCAACCCUCCCUCAUUAGGAGGGAGACUCCCUAAUUUUAACAAAAAAUUAUCAAUCUCCCUCGA